AUGAGAAGUGUGCGUGUGUGUUUGUGCCUGGCUCUGCUGUUGCCUUGGUGUGUCCAGAGCCAGAGGAUCAGUCCCGCUCUUGCUAAACUUGAUGAAGACACACAGAGGGAAUUGCUGGCUGUCGACAUCCUAAACCGCAGUGGUUUGUUGAACUCAUUGCUCCGAUCACAGCAUCACAUCGUGCUCCGGCAAGAACGUGCCCCACGCCCAGCCUCCCAGGUGCCAAAGAGAGCGCAGCAGGGGUCCCGCUUCGCCCUGUCGCUUGAUGUCCCCACCAGCAUCCUCAGUGUCCUCAUAGACCUGGCCAAGAACCAGGACAUGAGGACCAAAGCAGCAGCCAAUGCAGAACUGAUGGCACGAAUAGGCAAGAGGAAAUGA